AUGGCGACUCCGAAACCCCAACGAACUCCACAGGAAGUCGAAGACAUCAUCAUCCGCAAAAUCUUCCACGUCACCAUCACCGCCACCACCGCCACAACAACCGAUUCCAGAAUCGUUUAUCUCGAACUAACCGCCGCCGAAAUUCUCAGCGAAGGCAAAGACCUCCUCCUCUCUCGCGACCUAAUGGAGAGAGUCCUAAUCGAUCGUCUCUCCGGCGAUUUCUCUCUUUCCGGUGAUGAAGCCUCCACGUUUCACUAUCUUGUUGGUUGUUACAACCGCGCACACGAUGAAGCUAAGAAAAUCGUUAACAUGAAGGAUAAGAAUCUUAGGUCAGAGAUGGAGAAUGUUGUGAAACAAGCUAAGAAGCUAUGUGUUUCUUAUUGUAGGAUUCAUCUCGCGAAUCCUGAGCUUUUCGCGAGUAAGAAUUCAAAUUCGGAUACUAGAACAACAUCUCCGUUAUUGCCGUUGAUUAUAUCGGAGUGUGGAGGUGGCGGUGGAAUGGGAGUUUUUGGUGGUGGAAGUGCUGGAGGAGGAGUGAAGAGUCCUCCGGGGUUUUUGGAUGAGUUUUUUAGGGAUCCUGAUUUUGAGAGUUUGGAUAGGAUUUUGAAAGGGUUGUAUGAAGAAUUGAGAGGGAGUGUGAUGAAGGUUUCUGUUCUUGGAAAUUUUCAGGACUCUCUGAGGGUUUUGUUGUUUUUGGUUAGAUUACCUGCUGGUGCAAAGUCUCUUGUUAGUCACGAGUGGUGGAUUCCCAAAGGUCCUUAUAUGAAUGGUCGUGCUAUUGAAAUGACUAGCAUUUUGGGUCCCUUUUUUCAUAUCAGUGCUCUUCCUGAUCAAACCUUCUUCAAGAGUCAGCCUGAUAUUGGGCAACAGUGCUUCUCUGACGCGUCAACUCGGCGACCAGCUGACUUAUUAUCUUCAUAUACCACCAUCAAAACUGUCAUGAAUACCCUAUAUGAUGGCCUAUCUGAAGUACUCCGCAACCUCCUUAGAAGUACAGAUACUCGUGAAAAUGUACUUGAAUAUCUUGCAGAGGUGAUCAAUUUAAAUGCAUCUAGGGCUCAUAUACAGGUUGACCCAAUUACUUGUGCAAGUUCAGGCAUGUUUGUAAAUCUGAGUGCUGUCAUGCUUCGUCUUUGUGAACCAUUUUUAGAUGCAAAUUUAACAAAAAGGGAUAAAAUUGAUGCUAAAUAUGUCCACCACUCAAACCGGUUGAAGCUAAGUGGGUUGACUGCCCUUCACGCGUCAUCAGAAGAAGUUGCUGAAUGGCUUUCUAGUAAAAACCCAGCUAAGGCAGGGGAAAUGAAUCAAUAUAAUGAUGGUGAGAAACGUCUGCAACAAUCUCAAGAGGCCAGUAGUUCUGGUAGCAAUAAUGCUAGUGAUCUUUCAAAUGAAAAUUCUGCACGCGCAAAAUAUUCAUUUAUAUGUGAAUGCUUCUUUAUGACUGCAAGAGUACUCAACUUGGGGCUUUUAAAAGCAUUUUCCGACUUCAAACACUUAGUUCAGGAUAUUUCUAGAAGCGAAGAUACUCUAUCUACACUUAAAAACAUGCAGGGGCAGUCAUCCUCUCCUCAAUUGGAAUUGGAUAUAACUCGACUUGAGAAAGAGCUGGAGUUGUAUUCUCAGGAAAAGCUUUGUUAUGAAGCUCAGAUAUUGAGGGAUAACACACUUAUUCAGAAUGCACUUUCCUUCUACCGCUUGAUGAUCGUUUGGUUGGUUGGCUUGGUUGGUGGAUUUAAGAUGCCUCUACCAUCAACAUGCCCAAUGGAAUUUUCUGCCAUGCCUGAACAUUUUGUAGAAGAUGCCAUGGAGCUUCUAAUAUUUGCUUCCCGGAUUCCAAGGGCCUUAGAUGGAGUUGUGCUGGAUGAGUUUAUGAACUUCAUAAUUAUGUUCAUGGGCAGCCCUGAUUUUAUCAAAAACCCAUAUCUGAGAGCCAAGAUGGUUGAAGUUCUGAACAGCUGGAUGCCUCGUAGGAGUGGCUCAUCUGCUACAGCUACUCUAUUUGAAGGGCACCAACUGUCUCUUGAGUAUCUUGUGAGGAAUCUUCUGAAACUAUAUGUUGACAUUGAGUUCACUGGUUCUCACACGCAGUUCUACGACAAGUUUAACAUCCGCCAUAAUAUUGCCGAACUUCUUGAGUACUUGUGGAAUGUCCCUAGUCAUCGUAAUGCUUGGAGACAGAUUGCUAAAGAGGAGGAAAAGGAAUUGGAGGCUGAAAUGUCAAAUACUGCUGAAUGGGAGCGACGGCCAGUUCAAGAGAGGCAGGAAAGAACCCGGUUAUUCCACUCUCAAGAAAAUAUUAUUCGGAUAGAUAUGAAGUUGGCAAAUGAAGAUGUCAGUAUGCUUGCAUUUACUUCAGAGCAGAUUACUGCUCCAUUCCUGCUUCCUGAGAUGGUUGAUAGAGUGGCCAGUAUGCUCAAUUACUUUUUGCUACAAUUGGUUGGUCCCCAAAGAAAAUCACUUAGUCUGAAAGAUCCUGAAAAAUAUGAAUUUCGUCCAAAGCAUUUACUAAAACAGAUUGUGCAUGUAUAUGUUCAUCUGGCUAGAGGUGACACAAAUUCCAUCUUCCCAUCUGCUAUCUCAAAGGAUGGCCGAUCAUACAAUGAUCAGUUGUUCAGCUCUGCUGCAGACGUCCUUCGUAGAAUUGGUGAAGAUGGAAGAAUUAUACAGGAAUUUAUUCAGCUAGGUGCUAAAGCCAAAAUUGCUGCUUCAGAGGCCAUGGAUGCCGAAGCUACUCUUGGAGAAAUACCAGAUGAAUUCCUGGAUCCAAUCCAAUACACUUUGAUGAAAGAUCCAGUUAUUUUGCCUUCUUCAAGGAUUACAGUUGAUCGUCCUGUCAUCCAGAGGCAUCUUCUCAGUGAUAGUAGUGACCCAUUCAACCGUUCUCAUCUUACCGCCGAUAUGCUGAUUCCUGAUGUUGAACUCAAAGCAAGAAUUGAAGAGUUUAUCAGGUCCCAAGAAAUGAAGAAACACGGCGGAGAAGGCCUAAGCAUACAAAGUACGAAGGCCACCAUUCAAACCACAGAUAGUGCGGAAAUGUUGAUUGAUUAG